AUGUUCGCCUCUGUCUCCUCCUUUUCGACGACGAAAUCAUCGCACGCUUUAUCAUCGCUCGCUUUAAAUCGCUCGCGUCAUCGUCGUUCACGUCGUCAUCGUUGUUCAACGAACACCCCGAUUACCACUGCCGAAAUCCCCGAAGUCAAAGGACUGUCGAAAGAUCCCUGCGAUGCGUUCGAGUGCAAAGGAACGUCACCCGCGGUGGAAUCAAGUUUACGACAACUCGCGAGAGAUUUAAGAGACGGGAAGGAUUCGAACAGAAGCAUCUUCCCGUACGCGAAAGACGUGCGGUUUUCGGACGGCGCGAGACGAUUCUCGGGGAGCGAGAAGUUUAAGAAUUGUAACUGCGAGUUGAAUUCGAUAUUCGGAGGGGAGAAAAUAUCUUCGAGCGAUAACAGUAAAACUAACAAUAACGAUAAUAUAAGGAAUAGAAAGUUUACGAACUGGGUGGAUUCGAUCGAGGUGUUACCAGGCGGGAGCGUGGCGAAGAUUUUGUGGCGGAUAGAGAGUAAAGACGGGAAGGCGAAGGUGAAGGUGGAGACGACGUUGGAGAUGAAUUUAAUCACGGGGAAAGUUUUAUCGCAGGACGAUCAGUGGACGUUUUUGAAAGGUGGGGAGAUUAUCGAGUCGAAGAGAAAAGCGUUGGCGGUUCCGGAUAAGGUUGGGAACGCGAUGGAUGAAAUUAUGCGAACCGUGGACGACGCGACGCGAGCGGCGAGGGAGUUAGUCAAUAGUAAAAAUGGAGGCGAGGAUGAUUUCGCGGUGGAUCCGAACGAUCCGAUGAAGUUUUUCUCCUACGAGAAUAAUCAAAAUCGAAACUUGAGCGAGUUUGCAUUGCUGCUGGCGUUGCUCUUUUUGAUCAGUAAAUUGUACGAACAAGUUGCGCUGCUUAAGUAA